UUCAUCAUGAACCCGGAAAAGUUUUUGUUUUAAUUGUGCAUAUAAAUAUUUGAUCGCUGUUGUAUUGGUGCAAAUAGUUUAGAUGUUACUGAUAAAAGUGUAUUGAUGACUACAUAUAUAAAAGCAUACAAAGUUUUGUAGGUUUAGAAAAGUUUAGUGCAGCAUUUUUUUUACUUCCUUGGACGAUCGGUCUUCUCUCAGACUUUUGACAGUUCUCAACAGCAAUGACGAUCCAGUACAGUUGUAUAACCCGUGGCACCAUUGUCUUGUGCAGCCACCAGGCGGAGUCUGGCAAUUUCCAAACGACCGUGAGUCACAUCCUGCCAAACAUACCGACUAGUAGCAACGCGAAGACGACCUACACAUCGGACAAUUACUGCUUCCACUGUAUCAUAAACAAUGGUUUAAUUUACUUGUGUGUAACCGAUCCACAGUUUGGAAAACAGAAACCAUAUCUUUUUCUUGAAGAGAUUAAAUCAGUGUUCCACAGCAAAAAUCUUGUGUCUCAAGCCGAGACGGCAGGAACUGACGAUCUGAAUGCCGAAUUCAGCCACAUCAUGUCACGGGAGAUGAAACGGUUUUCCAAACAAGGGAAUGAUGCCUUGACAAUGCUACAGACACAGAUGGAUGACGUGAAGGGCGUGAUGAAUAUCGAGAGGGUGCAGGAACGCGGGGAAAGACUGGAUGACCUGAUGGACAAAACAGAAGAAUUAGAAGCCACUGCCAAAGCGUUUAACAUGACUGCUCACAAAGUGCAGAAGACGUAUUGCUGGAAGAACACCAAGAUGACUAUGUGGCUGGUGUUAAUUGGCGUGGUGGUUACCGUCGUCAUCAUCAUCAUUAUUCUCGCAUCCACUGGCGUCUUUAAAAGUGGCAGCGACUCCAAGGGAGCAGUAACUCCCACCCCGACGCCUUCUGGUUAAUUAAUACCGGAGUACAAGAGAUACGUUAUGUGCAAUCUAUUGGUUCACGUGGACUCCAUUUUUGAAUCCAUGGUAAUAUUUUUAAAGCUGCAGUCUCUAAUAUAUAUUUAAUAUUUUAGCAUUUAGAAUAACUCAUCACAGGCUUUGACCUUAACUUUUUUA